CCUCCCAACGCCCAAAGGAAAAACAGCACCCCCUUCUCCUCUACCCUUUCCUCUCUCACUCCCCCCAACCUCAACCAAAGGAACUUCUUUUUUCUUCUCAUAUAUUUUCAAUCUGAAUUUGUGCGGGCAUAGAGAGUAAUGAUUCAUAUAGUGGACUCGAUCUAUUUGCUUGGAAUUGAGACGUAACUAUUGUUGUCGUAAAUAUUCAAGCCAAAUUAUGUGUGUUUGAUUCAUCUGCAGCAAGUGAUCGUCUAUAGAAGAUCUUGAAAGAAGCAGCGCAGAGGAGUUACUGAUCAUCGUUUGUAUUUAGAAAAACAAUCACAAGUUUCUCCCUCCCACCUGUAUGAAGUAUGGAAAAAUAGGAACUCUUUAUCAUUAUGAUUUAUGUGCUCAUCGCGCCUUCUCCUUUUUAAUUUCUUUAUAUGCUUUCAGUUUUAAAAACUUUUGUUUGGUUAUAUACAUGAAUUUAUUAGAUGAUCCAAUAAUCAGGCCUUUAUAUUCUAAAGAGCCACUAAUUAAGUAGCUAGAAGGAAAAGAAAAAAAAAACUACUUAGUUUCCUUGUCCUUAUAGACAGAUAAUCAAGAACAAAAUGGACAGCUUCGAAUUUUGUCAGCCUUAGCUUCUUUUCUUUUCAAGUGAUUUAUGACAAGGUCUACAUAUCAACCUUCUUGAAUCCUCUAUUAUUAUUUUUAAUCAUUAUUUUUCAAUUUCCAUCUAGGAACAAAUAGUUUGGUUUUUCUUCUUUCCCCUUCUCCCUUCUUCUUUCUUUUGAAGAAAUUUUUCUUUACUUGUUAUCUUGGACUAAGUAGGAUAUUGUUAAGACCAUUUUCCCAGGAAUAUUUCUUUUUAUUUUCAGACUACUUGAUGCAAGAGAUACAUGGUCUUAUAAAGAUGUCGUUAGGGUCUUCCAAAAUUUUCAGUAUCCAUUAUUUUAUGGAGUAUUAUAUAUGGUUAUACUUCUCUCCGUACCUAAUCAAGUUUUUUUUUUCUUUCUAUUUUUUCUUGGCGUUCUAAAGAAAAAUGAAGUACACACUACACAGUUAAAGUUUCGUACUAGUAGAGGAUAUAAAACAAGAAUAAAUGUUGCAGGAUUUUAAAUAAAGAGAAAUUCUCCAAUUUUUGUUAACCCCAUCUUUAUAUAUACCUGCCAGCUUCAACAGUCUUUAUUUGACUAUUAACAUUUCUUUAAGUCAAUAUCUACUUACAUUUAUAUUGGAGUAGGAAAAUGAUAAACCACGCACUAAGAAUUACCAUUAAAUUCCAACAGACUUGUGCCGGUUACAAUUAGUUUCUCCCAUCUGGCUUCUGCAAACUUCCCGACUAGCAGCUGAUACUGUCAGAAAUGUUUUUGCGUACCAUUAAUGGCAGGAGAAUACAAUGUUAAUACUGCAGGCAGAACAACAGACUGUAACUAAGUACAUGGUAAAACUGAAUUUGUGUUAGGGUUUGCCCUGAUUAUCUAAUUGAAAUUGCUCUUUCAUAUUUGACUAAUUCUUUUCUUGGAAGAAUUUUUUUUGAACUUUUAUUAAUUGAGGAUAUUUCCUGCAUACAACAUAACAAUAGCAUCUAUAAUCUGGUCACUAUGAAAAUCUUGUUUAGGAGGAGAAUUUAUUCUCUCGAUAAGCUUUUUUUAAUAUGUAUUAGUUUUCUCAUAUGUAGGUCUAUUGACCAAAUCAUAUUAGAAUAGUAUACAUCUUUUAUUAUAUAUUUUUUUGUAUUCUGAUUUAUCGUCAUUCAAAGUUUGUCUGUUGGCUUCCGCAUGACGCCUUGUUAUUUUGAUCCCAACAAUAUAAUAUAUAUGUUGAUUCCAAAGUUGUAAUAUGUAGAACUACUGUGGCAUCUUAUACAUAAGUUACCAUUAGAGGGUUAGAACAAGAUCAAGAAAAAGCUUUACAAGGUAGCUACUAGCUAGUUAUUUUUAUACGCGUUUUGUGCCCUCAUCAGACUAAUGGAUUUGGGCACACAAGUUGAGAGACUCAAUGGCUCACGGGAUUCUGCAUGGUAGCCCAAUUCAAUUAUCUAUUUUACCAUGAAUGAUCUCUUUAAUUCUAUUCUCUUGGAGUCUAAUUUUAUUGAAUUAUUUAUUCAUACACAACCCAGGCUUGUUUCUUUCACUGAAGACCUCUUUGCCUAACUGGUUCAGUAAGUUAGAGGUAGCCAUGACAGAAAAUUCAGUGAAACAAACCAAUGAAGAGAUGAUGAAAAAUACUAUGGAAUACAUUAUGGAAAAAACGUCUUCAGAUUCUUCCUCCCAAAGCAAAAUGGUCUCAUUCAUUGAUCUGAACGAAGACAACAAAGGGGAAAGUGAUGAAGAAGAAGAAGUCAUUGAGAUUAGUGUGGAAAACAGUAGUGAGAAAACAACAGAUGAAGGAAACUCAGAAAAUAAUAACAAUAGCUCCGGCAAUGGAGGUGUUGAAAAGAAAAAUGUUAGGCAUUAUGUUCGAUCAAAAAUGCCAAGGCUCCGUUGGACUCCUGAACUCCAUCGCUCCUUUGUUCAUGCCAUUGAAAGGCUAGGUGGUCAAGAAAGAGCCACACCAAAGUUGGUUCUCCAGUUGAUGAACGUGAGAGGUCUCAGUAUUGCCCAUGUAAAAAGUCAUUUACAGAUGUAUCGAAGCAAGAAACUUGAUGAAUCUGGACAAGUGUUAGGUCGUAAUUAUAGAGCAAUGCAAGGAAGAAGCUAUUUCUAUGGAAACGUUGGCCAAAGAUAUAACCCUCUACAAGAUUUCAAGAUGAAGAAUGGUGCUAUUGUGUUAGCAAGGAAUUUUAACUAUGAUCAUGACCAUGUUAAAGGCCAUGUUCGAAAUUCCUUUUCGAGACCCCCAUAUCAGGCCAAAGACAUCUUUUCCAGGUACUUGCAGUGGUCUUCCAAUCAGGGAAGCUUACUUAACACCACUCGAGAAAAGCUAUGUACACCAAGACAAUUUCAGAAAAAUGGAGGCCAUGAAAUUGGCCCCAUUAGGUCAAGCCAAUUUCUUGAAGAGAAAAGGUGGCCUCCGAGUGAAUUCAUUGCCAAUCAGUUGCAGGAGAAAAUUGCUGAUUUUUCCAAUAUUUGUUCAGCUAAAAACUCCCAAUAUUUGCUUCAACAAAAUGUAACACAACCAUAUUCCAAAUGGAAUUGCAGAUACAAUACCCUUGAGCAAAAUUUUGAAACACCAAAAAGGCUUGAGAUGAAAGAAGACAAAAGUUUCCUGGGAAAAGAUUGGUUACCUGAUUUGCAACUAAGAUUAAGCAGAAGCACAGAAAACAAGAAUGAGAAGAAUACUCAUCAUAACAAGAGGAUGGAUCAUCAGUCAGAAAUGAACACAAUGCUUUCUCUUUCUCUGCCUACUUAUUCAUUAAGUGAAACCUACGAGAAAGUAGAGUUUUAAACCAUACAAUAGUUUUAUAUUAGCUUGUUACUUUAAUAUGUUCAGACAUAGAAGAGCCGCCUAUGUACGUAGGGGGGUGAGUACUUGAGAUCUGACCAUGCAAUUAGCAUAUCAGGAAAUUAAUGCAUUGGAGUGAGAUCUCCUAAGUACUUGCCUUAUUGGCCGUAAACAUACACUUUGAGUUGCCACUUAUCCCUCUUAUUGUUAUUUUUCUUUGUUUAACAAAGCCAAUUUUUAGUU